AUGGCGUUGUACCUGCGUCAGUCCAGCCCUGAAGACGUCGUAGAAAAAGUUCUUCGCCGGGCAGAACUUGCCAAUAUGGCAAGGAAGCUGAAGGACAGGCUAGCCCUGGCCAGCCACAAGAUUCAGCACGGCCAGGAGAAUUUAAGCUUCAGAGACGUCGAGGCUCUCUUCGAAAGCUCCGUCAAGCGCAAAAGACUUAUGUCGGCCAUUGAAACAUCUUCAACAUGUUCGUCCUCGUCAUCAGAGAACACAUACGUCCCCAACGGUGUUGCAUCAUCGCCAUUGACUGCUCCUUUGUUCUCGGACGCCGUUGAAGGUUCUGGAAGAGCGACCAACCCUCGGAAAAGAAGUGCCCAUCAAGGCUCUACAUACAAUUUUUUGGACAUGACAAAAACCAAGCGACCAAGAUCACACUCAAUGGCACCGCCGCUCAUCGAGAAUACACGGGCUUCGUGGAAAACCAGCCAUAACCUUCCACAAUCUUCCCCAGUGCAUUCUCGCCAUGCCUCACAAUUUUCUACCAUUCACGGCCCUGAUAUUUCAUUUGCUUCCGAGAUUUCGACAAUACCUGACUCUCCAACAUACGCCGACGAAGAGCGAUUGACUAGACUGUCAUAUCAUGGGAGUCAACCGAAUCAGAAGGCUUCACCACCUCAAACUCCUCCACCUACAACCCACCGCCGGAGCAAAUAUACCGCCCCUGGUGAAGAAGGGGCUGAUCUGCUGCUGUUCCUGGCUACAUCACCCUCAGCAGGGGAUCUGGGUACUAGACACACCCGCUUGCUUCCGCCCUCCACACCCCCCUCCAAAGAACUCUUGCGUACUCCUGCUCUGAUCGGACGAAAUACCCCCGGUCAGAAUUUCAAUUUCGCGGAAUUCAUUAACAUUACACCAAGCCCCGCACAAGGUGCCUUUGGCGACCGCACACCGGGUAUUAGCAGGACACCAUUAGCUGCGAAGGACGCUCGAAGAAAACUUAACUUUGAUAGUUUGGUACCUCCCAAUGGUAGCCCGCCACUCAGCAACGUUGGACGGGGUAGCAUCAAGACGGGCCUUGGGAUGGAUCUUGGAGAGGAACUAGUGUCCUGA